UAUCAAAGUAAAAUUCUGUAUAAGAGAGAGUGAUUAUAGAGAGCAAUGAGAAUUACAUUAUUAGUUUCAUUCCUUCUCUGUUACUACUGUAUAUAUAUUACAGAUGCAUCCAUCAAAUGUCUUGAGGAUCAACAAUCUUUGUUGCUCCAAUUCAAAAACAAUAUCACAUUUGAUCCUACAUAUUCCACCAAAUUAAUUUUGUGGAAUAAUAGCAUUGCUUGCUGUAAUUGGAGUGGUGUUACAUGUGACAACGAGGGACAUGUUAUUGGCCUUGCUCUUGAUGCAGAAUCAAUCGAGGGCAGAUUUGACAAUUCAUGUAGUCUUUUCAGUCUCCAAUAUCUUGAGGAAUUGGACUUGUCUUUUAACAAUUUCAAUUCUCCCAUUCCAUCAGGAUUCAGCAAGCUGAAGAAGUUAACUACAUUAGAUCUUUCUUUCUGUCAAUUCAUUGGAACACUUCCAAAUUCAAUGUCAAACCUUACACAACUUAAUCACCUAGACCUUUCUGUGAAUGAUUUGAGUGGUGCAAUUCCCAAUUCAAUGUCAAACCUCACAAGUCUUACCUACUUAGACCUUUCUGAUAAUGAUUUAAGUGGUGCAAUUCCUUCAUCCCUUUUUGCACUCCCAUCAUUGGAGAAGGUUUUCCUUGAAAACAACCAGUUUAGUAAACUAGAUGAAGUUUUCAAUGUGUCUUCCUCUAUACAUACCCUUGAUUUAAGUAACAAUUAUCUAUCAGGGCCUUUUCCAAUAUCUAUCUUUCACCUAAAAUCACUCACUAACCUUGAUCUUUCCUUUAACAAAUUCAAUGGGUCACUUCAUCUAGAUAAGUUUUCCGAGCUAAAAAAUCUAACUUCCCUAGACAUUUCAUACAACAACUUAUUUCUUAAUGGGAAUCCAAUAAAUGUUCAGCCUUCUUCAUUUCCAGCUAUUAACUAUCUAAAUUUGGCAUCCUGUAACUUGAAAAGUUUCCCGAGUUUAUUGAUAAACAAUUCAGCAUUUACCACUCUAGACCUUUCUAAUAACCAAAUUCCAGGAAUACUUCCCAAUUGGAUUUGGAAAUUACCAUAUCUUACAGAACUUAACAUUUCACACAAUUUUCUCACAGAAUUCGAAGGAUCUCUACAAAAUUUAUGUUCCACCAAUAUACAUACGCUUGAUCUUCAUAACAAUACACUACAUGGGACAAUACCUGUUUUUCCCGAAUAUGCUACGUACUUGGAUUACUCGAUGAACAAAUUUAGCUCUAUCACACCAGAUAUUGAUACAUACAAAUUUGUCACAGGAUAUCUCUCUCUUUCGCAUAAUAAUUUGCAUGGAGGUAUUCCUAAUUUCGUAUGCAAUCUUUCAUAUAAUAUUGAUGUGCUUGAUCUUUCCUUCAACAACUUCUCUGGAUCAAUUCCCUCAUGUUUAAUACAUUUGACUGAGAGCAUUAAGGUAUUAAAUUUGAGGAGUAACAAUCUGCAUGGUCCAAUCCAAAAUAAGUUUUCAUCUUCUUGUGCUUUACAGACUUUGAAUCUCCAUGGAAAUCUAUUACAUGGGCCAGUUCCCAAGUCUCUUUCCCUCUGCUCCCAAUUAGAGGUACUAGACAUCGGAACAAAUCAGAUUGUAGGUCGAUUUCCAUGCUUUCUGCGGAACAUACCGACACUUAGGGUCCUAGUACUGCGGAACAACAAAUUUCAUGGUACCUUGGGAUGCUCAAAAGCAAAAAAUCUAUGGCAGAUGAUUCAAAUUGUGGACAUUGCUUUCAACAAUUUUAGUGGUAAACUACCAGAAAUUUUUUUCAGAUACUCUAAAAAAAUGAAGCAAGACGAUGAUAAUGUUGAACUAGACUUUAUCCGAGACGGAUUACUUUAUCAAGAUAGUGUGACAAUUGUUAGUAAAGGUCAACAGAUGGAAUUGGUUAAAAUCCUUGAAGUCUUCACAACCAUAGAUUUCUCAUCCAAUUACUUUGAAGGAGUAAUACCAAAGGAUCUGAUGGAUCUCAAAGCACUCUAUGUUCUCAACUUCUCAAACAAUGCUUUUUCUGGAGAAAUCCCAUCAACUAUUGGGAACAUGAAACAGUUAGAGUCCUUGGAUCUGUCAAAUAAUUCUUUGGUUGGUGAAAUUCCUGUGCAACUUGCAAGCUUGACAUUCCUUUCUUAUUUGAACCUUUCCUUCAAUCAUUUGGUUGGGAAGAUCCCAACAGGAACUCAACUUCAGUCAUUUCAAGCUUCUUCCUUUAAAGGGAAUUAUGGGCUCUAUGGACCUCCAUUGACUGAAAUACCAAAUGGUACAAGGCAGGAUGAGCUGCAUCCACAGCCAGCAUGUGGAAGGUUAGCUUGUUCAAUUGACUGGAGUUUUUUAAGUGUGGAGUUGGGUUUUGUUUUUGGGCUCGGAAUCAUAUUUGGUCCUAUCAUGUUUUGGAAGCAAUGGAGGGUAAGAUAUUGGAAACUUGUAGAUAAAAUUCUUUGUUGGAUGUUUUCAAGGAUGUAUCUUGAAUAUGCAACUGAUAGAGGACAAACAUACACAGUUUUAAGGUGGUGAUAAUAUUAGAGCUACUCGUUGUGAUAAUUAUUAAAAUAAUGUUUUCUAUUUCCCUUUAAGUUGUACUUUGUGUUUACUACUUUAGUUUAGUGUUUCCUGUUGUUGUUUAUGUAUACUUCUUUAUGAUGUGAUAUAUGUUUUAUCAUGUUUAAAUAAAAUAGUGUCACAUGUAUUUGUGGUGAAAGUGUUCAAAUUAUAAGGAUAUUUUCAUGGAAGUUGAAUCAUUGGAUUUAUUUAUCAAAAACUUGAAAAACAGAGAAGAAGUAUACUCAUCGAAGUUGGAAUGAGUUGCUGAUUAUGGCAGUACCAAGACUUGAACUUCAGAUGAAUCCUGAUGGAAUGGCAGAAUUGAAAUUGUUAUCUGCAAACUACAGUAAGAAACAAACAUGUAUAUUAGCUUAAAGGCCACAGUUCUAUCUUGUUCAAUUGAUUGGAAUUUUUUAAAUGUGAAACUGGGGUUUGUUUUUGGGCUUGGAAUUGCCGUUGGUCGCCUCACUCAUGUGUUUAGAAGGAAACCCAAAGAGAACAAACUUAGACAGUCGUAAUUCUUAAGGUGACAUUAGUGAUUAACGAAUGUGUUAGUUAGUAUAAUAAUCUUUUCUGUUUCCAACCUCUGAGUAGUACUCCAAAAUUCAUAUUGUUCCGUAACCAAUACCAUACUCUAAAGACUUUUUCUCUCACUUUCUCACUGAUUUGGAAGGACCAUCAUUGAUUGUAACUUGUACAAUGUUUUUUCCUGAGUGCCGAAAAACAGAAUAGGC